UCACAGAACAUUAGAUUAACUGUCUCAUGGAUCAAAACAUAUUAUUCAUCAUUUUGUCGUGUUUUGUCGCCCAAGGUCUGUCUUUGAAAUGCAUGACCCCGGACGAUGCUCGAUAUCUGACUACUGAUCAAAGUAUUCCCGCUAGAUGGAAGGAGAGAGGCAGGUGGCACACUGGAGAUUUCUUUCCUUCGCCACACAACAGCUGGGAAUUUUCAAAAACUUCUGUGCUGCAUCUGACGUCAGAGGAAAAUGGUGCGAAAAUGUGGUGGCUGAAGGACAAGCUGAAUGAUUACUACAUGCUUGUGACGAAAGAUUUGUCAAACAUGCUCUGCACUCUGAUGGGGGCGGGGCUUCAAAUAGCCUGGGCACCAGUAAACGACGAAACAAGAUUCAGCGGGUAUUGCCAUUGGAUAAUCAACGUAGACCCUGAUGACCCAGCGAGAUUUCAAAUGCGGAACGCGGAACUCAAACUUUCGCUUGGCGAUAUCGGUGCCGUGUUCCUAAAUCGCUCUGGUUUGUACUUCGACUACGCCACCAAUGAGGUCAACGAUCCCGCGAAUCACGUCGAUGAAAGUAUGACGUGGUGGAAAUGGCGUCAUGAAGGACUUGAAUUAGAGGAUAUGACGUCACUGCCUGAUAAAUGCGAAACAAAUGAAAUAGGAGUCCCGCUGUUCAUGGCCGAGGAGGAAAGCCCACUCGGAAGAUCUCUAGGCGGAAGAAGGCGGAAGAGGGGGUCAAGGUUCAAGUUCCUGACAAGUACAAAGUUCGCGUCAUGUGAUGAGGAUCGCUGGUGGCUUCACAACAAGAAAUGUUAUCGAAUCUACGUCGCUCCUAACCUUGAUCACUACACAACGACUAAUGUCUGCCGAGUAUUGAAAGGAAGAGUUGUGCAGCCCAAGAGCGCCUCCGACAACAACUUCGUUCGAGCUUUGAUCAAGAAUUUCGCUCGCGGAAAAGGGAUGUAUUGGCUCGGUGCAACAGCGCCACCUAUCCGAUCAAGAAACUUGAAAGCAGAUUUCAGUGAUGGACUCGGAAAUAUGCGGUACACUAGGUGGCACCCUAAAUCUAGAUUUUUGCCCUCCCACAGAUGCGUCGUCAUAUCCAAUGGAUUCUGGAAUUCAACGACUUGCAACCAGACAGCCGGCAGAGUCAUUUGCGAAAGAGAUGCUGUCGUGAGAGAACUCCCAAAAUCUUCAACAUGCGGAAAGAUACAAGAACGAGGAGUCGAUGCAGUGAUGGCUGCACAGGCCGGAGUGGGGACCGUCAGAAUCGUUGGGGGAGAUGACGCUUAUGCAACGCAGUUCCCGUGGCAGGCAGCAAUUCGUUUCAGACACCCGAUAAGAGUGAGAGGCUACAAGGGAAGAGUCUAUCACAAUUGCGGGGGCGCGCUCAUUGAUUCUUGUUGGGUUCUGAGUGCUGCCCAUUGCUUCUAUGACAGCAAUCCGAAGACCUACAUCGUCCGUUUGGGGGAUUUGAACAACAAUAGAGUCGACGGUACCGAGCAAGAGUUUGAUCCGCAGGAAAUAAUCGUUCACGAGGACUACACCGACAUUCCCUCACAUAGGCAGGAUAUCGCUCUGAUUAAACUAAAGAAAAAGAAUGGACGGUGUGCUAGAUAUACUCGCCAAGUUCAACCGGUCUGUCUCCCAACGAUUGAGUUUGAUAUUCCGGAAGAUGGCGCUAUGUGUCAAGUAAGCGGGUGGGGAGUAACGGAUACAAGUAAAGGACAAGGAUCUGCCGCCGAAGUUCUGCAAUGGAUCAGCGUUCCAACAAUGCGUGAUGAUAUUUGUUCGAUCAAAUACAACAAACCUGAUAAAUCGGUCUAUUUCUUACGUGACGUCAUGUUUUGUGCAGGAUAUAAGACUGGAGGAAAAGAUUCGUGUUCGGGAGAUUCUGGAGGACCAUAUGUUUGCAGAGGAAGUGAUGGGAGAUAUGCGGUUGCAGGAAUAGUCAGCUUCGGCAUUGGAUGUGCCCGUAAGAGCUAUCCUGGAGUCUACACCCGUGUGAGACAAUUCUUACCCUGGAUUAACGAGAAGAUCAGUGAAAGAGGGGGCUAGAUGACGUCACAUGGGGAUGACGUCAGAAA